AGAAAGCAAGCAAGCAAGAGAUAUCAGUGGACUAGUCUUCUUCAUCUUAAUGAUCCGGCCAGUUGCAAUACAUUUAUUUUAAAAGCAGAUGGUGCCCCUGCCCUUCCCGCAUAUGCAUUGUGGUGGCCGGCCGCCCUUCUAACUAGACAAAUUAAUUAAUUUAAUAUAUAUAUAUAUAUAUAUAUAUAUACUCGAUCGAUCCAGUAGUAGUAUAUAUAAUUACUACUAGUUACUACUACUAAAAUGAAUGAAGAAAUGAACGGUGGUGGUACCGGUGAUCAUCAUCAUCAUGGUCAGUUGGUGGGUGUUGAUCAAAAUAAGAAUGGUUCAGCUGAUCAUGUUCCAGAGAAGAUAGAUUAUGUGUUCAAGGUGGUGGUGAUUGGCGACUCCGCUGUGGGUAAGACUCAGUUACUGUCCAGGUUCACUAAGAACCAAUUCUGCUUUGACUCCAAAUCCACUAUUGGGGUUGAGUUCCAGACUCGCACUCUCACCAUCAACUCCAAACUCAUCAAGGCCCAGAUCUGGGACACUGCUGGCCAAGAAAGGUAUCGAGCAGUGACAAGUGCAUACUACAGAGGUGCACUGGGGGCCAUGUUAGUGUACGACAUCACCAAGAGACAGACAUUUGAUCACGUAGCGAGGUGGGUAGAUGAGCUCCGAGGCCACGCAGAUAAUUCCAUAGUGAUAAUGUUGAUUGGAAAUAAAGCUGAUCUAGUGGAGCUGAGAGCGGUUCCAACGGAGGACGCUGUGGAGUUUGCAGAGAAUCAGGGCCUAUACUUCUCGGAGGCAUCAGCCUUUAGUGGUGACAAUGUGGACAAUGCAUUCUUUAAACUCCUCGAGGAGAUAUACGGUGUGGUCUCUAAGAAGCCCUUGCAUCAGCAGGAUGAUGAUGGAAAAUCCAACGCUUCUGCUUCAUCCAUGCCUAGAGGAUUCAAAAUAGACGUUAUUGAUGCCACUGAUCUCGAAAUAACCGAGUUGAAGAAACUGUCUACAUGCUCCUCCUGUUAAUUAUUAAUCUUAAUCCAACCUAUAUAUAUUGCACUGAAAUAGUAGUACUACUUACACAUUGAUAUCUAGAUCAGUAUGAUUUCAGUUUGCAUGUCCUCCUCCUCCUCCUCCUCCUCCUAUAUAUAUAUAUAUAUAUAUAUGUUAUUGAUUGGAAUUUGGAAGUCUUUGUUACCAGCAACUUUAUCUCCAUAUAUGGAUCUUGUUUCAUGUA